CAAAUGGCAAGAGUCCACACAAUUGACUAUAAAACCACCCCAUUUCCUUGCUCACUGACUCCUCCAUAACUUGCUCCACUCCCUGAUUCAUCUAUCCUCCCUUUCUCUCUCAUCUCUGCACGAAAUGCCACAAAAAUAGUGAGAGAGAGGGAGCUCAGUUGGAGCUCAACAGAUCCGUUAAUUCCUUGAAAUCCCGAUAAAAUCAAAGUAAGAGAGAGGAAAAAACAGUGCACAUUCUCAGAUUACACAUUCCCCUGUUUCUCGGUCUGAAUAAAUUGAAAAAAUAAAAAAUAAAAAUGGGUGAGGAGGUAUAUGCGAAGAGCUUCAUCCCGGAGGCUUUUCCAGUGUACGCGACAGACGUGGCGGGGCAAUUCGGCGUAUUGUGGGAGCUGAUAAAGGCGCCGGUGAUAGUGCCGGUGCUGAACCUGUGCGUGUACAUUUGCCUGGCCAUGUCGAUAAUGGUGUUCAUGGAGAGGCUGUAUAUGGGCGUCGUCAUUGUUCUGGUGAAGCUUUUCUGGAAGAAGCCGGAAAAGAGGUACAGAUGGGAGCCAAUGAGGGACGCCGAUUUGGAGAUGGGAAGCGCCAAUUUCCCCAUGGUCCUUGUUCAGAUCCCUAUGUUCAACGAAAAAGAGGACAUGGUUGAGAGAGAAUGCUUAAGGUGGGCAAGCAAAGGCAUUAAUAUUACAUACCAAAUUAGAGAGACAAGAGGAGGCUACAAGGCUGGGGCCCUCAAAGAAGGAUUAAAACAUGACUAUGUAAAGGAUUGUGAGUACGUCGUAAUCUUUGAUGCCGAUUUCAGGCCCGAGCCCGAUUUUCUCAGACGGGCCGUCCCUUUCCUAAUUCAUAAUUCCAACAUUGCCCUCGUCCAAGCUCGUUGGAGGUUUGUGAAUGCAGAUGAAUGCCUACUGACAAGAAUGCAAGAAAUGUCGCUGGACUAUCAUUUUACGGUUGAGCAAGAAGUUGGUUCAGCCACUCAUGCCUUUUUCGGGUUCAAUGGGACGGGUGGGAUAUGGAGAAUUGCGGCCAUCAAUGAGGCUGGCGGGUGGAAGGAUAGAACAACAGUGGAGGACAUGGAUUUAGCCGUCCGAGCUGGUCUCAAGGGCUGGAAAUUCUUAUACUUGGGUGAUCUCCAGGUAAAAAGCGAGCUUCCAAGUACUUUCAAGGCCUUCCGAUUCCAGCAGCAUCGUUGGUCCUGUGGGCCUGCCAAUUUAUUCAGAAAAAUGAUGAUGGAAAUUGCUCUGAAUAAGAAAGUGACACUGUACAAGAAGUUUUACGUGAUUUACAGCUUCUUCUUUGUGCGGAAGAUCAUCGCUCACAUGUUCACUUUCUUCUUUUACUGUGUGGUUUUACCGUUGACGAUCCUUGUGCCCGAAGUCUAUGUCCCGAAAUGGGGAGCCAUUUACAUCCCUUGCAUCAUAACCACACUCAACUCGGUCGGGACUCCAAGGUCGUUCCAUCUGUUGUUCUAUUGGGUGCUUUUUGAGAACGUCAUGUCUUUCCACCGGACCAAGGCCACGAUUAUUGGCCUUCUGGAGGCUAAGAGAGUCAACGAAUGGGUUGUCACUGAAAAACUUGGAGAUGCUCUCAAGAACAAAUCCAACUCCAAAUCAAACAAGCCCAAGAUUUCCCUAUCCAAGCUACUUGGAGACAGAAUACAGCUGCACGAGCUGGGCUUCGCAGCAUUUCUAUUUGUGUGCGGGUGCUAUGACUUCCUUUAUGGAAAGAACAAUUAUUUCAUUUAUCUCUUUCUUCAAGUAAUCACAUUCACUAUCGCUGGAUUUGGUUCGUCCUCCGGCGAUAUCAAAUCCGGCGAGAAGAACUCUGACGGCAACAAAUCCGAUGAAAGAAGUGAUUCGGAUGUGAAUUUUCUCCGGCGAAAAAUUGAAAAUAUGCCCGGAAAUGCGUUGGGAAUGGAAUCGGGACGAAAAACGGUGAAAACGGGUGCAGAAGAGGUCACACGACUCUUGUGGGUAGUGACACGGGUUGUGUGGGUUGAGAGAAUAAGAGACGCAUUCUCCUCCAUCUUUUCUGCUUUCUCUGCUUCAAUGGCAAUAUCUAGACCUUGCUGA